GCGGAUCGCGGGUUCUGCUCUUCGGGUGGAGUGUGUUUUGGCCAGACCUUCAUGCUGUUUCUUUUCGGAUCAAGACGGGAUUGGUGCAGUUGUCCGAAUCCUUGGACACAGCUCUGAUGGCAGCACCUUCCGCAGCAGCACCGGCUGCUGCGGCACCAUCCACACCACCUCCUGCCAAGGCUCAGCUGCAAAUUCCAGGGUCCAGAGACUCCCGCUCCACGGAGCCCUCGGUGGAUGGCCGAAGUCCAAAGGUCUCGGUACUGACUGAAGGCUCUGAGGAUAAGAAAGGACCAACGACUCCACGGCAGACGAGACAAGCCUCUAGGAAACCUGAUGCCAAGAAAACGCGAAAGCAUGUGCCUUUGUACAUAGUGGUGUCGAGAACAAUUGUAGACAACACAUAUUUUAUGGCUUUCACCACCAUCCUCACUUUCUACGCGCUGACUGCAGACGAUUUGAGGAUCAUCCUCACUGAAAAGCCUGCAGACAAUAUUUUCAAUUCUAUUGGUCUAUUAUGUAUUUUCGUCUUCACGGGUGAGGUCAUCCUCUCCUGCUUGGGGAAGGUUGACUACUACCUUAGCUUUUUCUUUCUGCUGGAUGUGAUCAGCACAGCAACGCUCCUGCUUGACCUAACCUGGAUCAGUGAGUGGAUGCAGGGUGGCGACACUGGCGAAGCGUCCGAGCUGCGGUCGGGCAGGACAGCUCGAGUUGGCGCUAGAGCCAGUCGAGUAGUCCGCGUGCUGAGAUUAGUCCGAAUCCUGAAGCUGUACAAAGCCUACUACGAGGCAAAGCAGCGAAAAGCCGAAAGAGAAAGAAGAAAGAAGAUGGGAGAAGCGGAGGAUCUUUGGGAUGAAGCAGAUUAUGAAGCACUAGAGAAGGGGCAAGUAAGAGAUAGCGAAAGUCGCGUGGGCAAGAAGCUCUCGGAGAUGACCACGCGGCGGGUCAUCUGUCUGAUCUUAGCGAUGCUUCUCAUCUUGCCUUUACUCUCCAAAGAAACGGCUGAUCAAACACCUUACUCAGCUGGCUAUGGUGCAAAUCAGGUGUGGGAGGCUUUUCAGGCCAAGACCAGCAACAAUAGCACGGCCAACGGACAGCAGUAUGCCAGCGCCCUCAUGCAAUACAUCUACUACCACAGCUGGUAUGUGGGCAACAGCCAGGGCAUCUACUGUCCCAACAACAACUGCGCCGGCAUGUUUUUAGGAUCCCUGUUUUGGUUCGGCCUGGCAGGUCAAAGCAGCAGUACUGGCUUCACUAACAGCUUGGAGUACGCGCAGAUGGACUCGGGCGUCGUGGAUCAAUGGUAUGGAUCCAUCAGAGAGGACUACUUGACAGCCUACGGUACAAUGCCCUCGUCCGUCAAGGCCACGCUUUCAGAACCAUGGUCAAGGCAGUGCGCGACUUCGUCUCAAGACCUGGUCGGCGUAUCUCUAAUCGCCUUGGAAGUGGAGAAUUCCAACUACUACAAGGUCCUUUGCCCCUUGGACCUGCGGCUGACGGAGAUCCAGGCCUUUUUUCCAAAACUGAUGACAGCUAGCCAAGAAUUCUACUUGGUCUUCUACUUUGACAUGCGCCCUUUUAACCGAACCACCGCACUGUUCGGACUCAGCAACACGGUUUUUGUGAUGAUCCUCCUGGUCACGGCCUCGCUGAUGUUCACCAACGAUGCCAAUCGUUUGGUGCUCCGACCCGUGGAGAAGAUGAUUGGGAGGAUUGAGGCGAUUCGGGACAAGCCGCUCCUAGCGAUGAAGAUGGCCGAUGAUGAGUUCAAGGCAGAGGAGAUUGCCAAGGAACGCUUGCAGCGGCAGAAGCAAAAGCCUUGGAACCGCGUCAUGAUGGAGAUCUCGAGACUAUGUGCUUUCCAGGGGCGCAACGAGGUGAUGGAGACGGUGAUUUUGGAGAAGACCAUCAUUAAGCUCGGGUCGUUGCUGGCUCUUGGCUUUGGGGAAGCUGGGGCAGACAUCAUCGGCAAAAACAUGAGCGGCUCCGAUUCCGCGGGCGUCAAUGCCAUGGUGCCGGGGCGAAAGUGUGAGUGCAUUGUGGGCGUCAUGCGGGUGCGUGACUUCAGCACGGCCACGGAGGUUCUGCAGUCGAAAGUGAUGAUGUUCUCCAACCAGAUUGCAGAAAUUGUUCAUGGCGUAUGCAACGAAUUUCAUGGAGCACCAAACAAGAACACCGGUGAAACCUUCUUGGUGAUCUGGAAAGAAAGCGAAGACUCAGGACUGGAAAGCGCUGAGCUCAUGGCCAAGUUUGCCGAAGGCUCCAUCGUUUCAUCAGCUGCGGUGAUUGGUGCCGUGCACCGCUCGCCAUUGCUGGGAAGCUACAGAGAGCAUCCGGGGCUUCAGUAUCGACUAGGUUCCAACUGCAGGGUGCACCUCAGUAUUGGUCUUCACAAAGGAUGGGCCAUUGAGGGUGCAGUUGGGAGUGAGUUCAAAAUUGACUGCUCCUACCUGUCGCCAAACGUCUCCAUUGCGACGUCCAUCGAGCGAUCGACGGAAGUCUACAAUGUAUCAGUGAUAGUAGCACAGUCAGUCAUUGACUUGGUCUCCUACAACAUGCGGUGUCAAUGCCGGCUGAUUGACCGGGUCAUAAUAAGAGGUUCACCUGCUCCAAUGGAGCUUUACUGUGUGGACCUGGAUUACAAGAGUCUAGAGGUUGACCUUACAGCUCGUCCAAAGGUGCCGUGGAACACCAGGCAGCGCUUCAAGGUGCGGCAGUGGAUGGAGCAGGAGAAGAACGCGGUGCUCCAGAAGGACCUCUCGGAGGUCUUUGCGACCGACGAAGUCAUUGCGCAAAUGCGUGAAGCAUUUACGGUGGAAUUCUUCCAGCUCUUCAACAUGGGCUACCAGAACUAUUCUCAAGGAGAAUGGCAGGUAGCCAGGCGGAUGCUGAUGGAAAUCAAGAGCCGGUUAGCGCCGGAUGAUGGCCCCAGCACUGCUUUGCUGAAGUUCAUGGAGUUCCCACACGACUUCGAUGCACCGAAAGAGUGGCUGGGCGUGAGAGACCUGGUGGGUUAUUGAUACCUGG